AUGGAUGACCCCGCUACUCCAUCAUCAUCUCAGCGUUCUGCAACUCCAGUCACCUCUCCUUGCAAGGUGGCAGACCCAAAGGAUGCCAUCAUGGGCACCAUUUACUCUGCUUGGGAGAGGUUAUGCAAGGCUGAGCCUCUCGGUCUGGCCGUCGAUUUCGAGUUGCUUAUACACGAGUUCCUUUCUGCCCUGCACAAUCUUCGUGCCUUUUCGGACUUGAUGUCACAAACACACUACACCCAGUUUUGCCAAAAGGUCCAGGCACAUCUCGAUGCCUUUGUAUAA